UUGAUUUACCCGUUACGACGCCCGCGCACGUCUGCGUAGCGUCGGAUUUGACGUAGAGUGCUCCCUGGGACGUGGCUAGCAAGCUAGUUGUACUCAAGACCUCGGCAAAUAGAUGAAAUUGAGAAUACAAUCAUUUUACUGCAUGGUCAGAAUCCACGUGUGAUCUGUCAGCAGCUGAUCAACAACUGAAUGGAAGAACCCAUAGCUUACUGAGAUUGUUGGCCCCGGUAAUGUACCAUGGGGUAUGACGUCGUCAGGUUCCAAGGGGAGGUGGAUGAAGACCUGCUGUGCCCCAUAUGCAGUGGAGUACUGGAGGAACCAGUGCAGGCCCCGCACUGUGAGCACGCCUUCUGCAAUGCCUGCAUCACGCAGUGGUUCGCCCAGCAGCAGAUCUGCCCGGUGGACCGCACGGUGGUGACGCUGGCCCACCUGAGGCCCGUCCCUCGCAUCAUGCGCAACAUGCUGUCCAAGCUGCAGAUCAGCUGUGACAACGCAGGCUUCGGGUGCGUCGCCACGCUGCGCCUGGACCAGCUCCAAUCCCAUCUCAAGGACUGCGAGCACAACCCCAAGAGGCCGGUCAACUGUGUGGAGGGCUGCGGGCUGGAGAUGCCCAAGGAUGAGAUGUCGAAUCACAACUGCAUCAAACACCUGCGUAGUGUGGUGCAACAGCAGGCAACCAAGAUCUCUGAUUUGGAGAAAAAUGUUGCAGAGCAUAAGCAUCAGUUGGGGGAACAAAAGAGGGACAUCCAGCUGCUCAAAGCCUACAUGCGGGCCAUUCGCAGUGCUAAUCCCACCCUGCAGAACCUUGAAGAGAGCAUUGAAUACAAUGAGAUACUGGAGUGGGUGAAUUCCAUGCAGCCCGCCAGAGUGACCCGCUGGGGCGGCAUGAUCUCCACCCCGGACGCCGUGCUGCAGGCGGUCAUCAAGCGCUCCCUCAUUGACAGCGGCUGCCCGCUGUCCAUCGUCAACGACCUGAUCGAGAACGCCCACGAGCGCAACUGGCCGCAGGGCCUGGCCACGCUGGAGACGCGGCAGAUGAACCGCCGCUACUACGAGAACUACGUGGCCAAGCGCAUCCCGGGGAAGCAGGCGGUGGUGGUGAUGGCGUGCGAGAACCAGCACAUGGGGGAGGACAUGAUCCUGGAACCCGGCCUGGUCAUGAUCUUUGCGCACGGCGUCGAGGAGAUUUUAUAACCUGCCGGCGGCGGCGGAGACCAGAGACAAGCAGGAGGGGGGGGGGCUUUGGGUCGGAGGGGCCGGGGCGAGGCAGCGAUGGCAGUGGUAGCACCGCUUCAACAAACCAGGCUGUAUUUUUAUGUUUCACUUUAAACGACUGUGGUGGGACGAGAGGUUGUACAUCUACAAAGUCGAUGAACCUAUGCCUUAAAAUAAGGAAAUACACCAUAUGAACCUGGCGAAGGACAGCUGAACCUGACUGAUGAUAUCUAAGAGAACGGGAGAGAUUUAAAUGUUUACAAGGGUCAUAACUUGAUACAUAGUGCUUUAACACAUUGAUUGUUCUGCUUCUGCCACAUCCCAAUAUAUGAAAAGGCUUCUCUGUACUCCCCACGUAUCGCAAAUUGUAUAAAUGGUUGUAAAUAGACAUAGUAUAUUGAAUUAUACAAAUAGUAUCAUCUUAUUCUUCUUACUGUAAUUGGACUGAUUCUUUUUUUUGUUUUAUUUGAUGUUGAUAAAAAAAAUGGUCAGCGUGUGUGACUGUGUGGAAGGUUUACUUCUUGCUAGCUUUCUGCUUAUUUUUUGUGUAUAUUUUACGAGACCUUGUGCUUCACAUUGUUGUGCCAUUUAUUUUAUUUAUUGUGUUGCCUUUUACAUGAACAUGCUUGAAAAUAUGAUCAUAUCAUCUAUGUAAAUUUGCCUUCAGUACAUUUAAACUUCUUGGCAAAUUUGUUCUUCCAUCCUUGGUUGUAUAUAUUUAGUAUGUUGUGUCACAGUGAAACGCUGGAACAGUUAUUGUUUUGAAAUGCAACAUUGUGUAUUACAUUUUAUUCCAACAAUCAGCAUUUGCAUGCGAGGUGAUCAUGUUGUUGAUUACUAAAAUAAAAGCUUUUUCGGCAGUCUUCACACAUAAA